AGGACUUCUGAAGGUUUUUGUUUUUUCAUCCUCGCGACGUAGACGCACUGUACCAACUAUACUUGAAGACUUUUGCGUUUCGCUUUAUAUAUCAUACAGCAAACGGCCGGAAUAUUUUUGAAAUCCAAUUUCCCGUCGCAGUCGCACCUGCGCAGUAGUACACAAAAUCAACAUUUCGUUUGGAUGACAAACUACAACCUAAGAUCUACUACUGGACGAAAAAUUUUUGUCACAAAAAUGCACGAUCCUUUCAUGAUCCCGAAAAGAAAACUCCGACGCGGUCACGGACCACCUUCCCCCGCAGCUGGUGUUUAUUCCGCAUUCUUGUUGGCGCAGCUCUCCAUGUUGUCCCAUUAUGCCGCCUUGGGGUUAUUUGUGGGUGUGGUCUUCGCGAGUGAUAUUGUUCCAAGACCAAGCGCGCUGGUAUCAAAUAAAGGCGGACGCUCGUCCUUUUCAGGCGCAUCUUCCUCGGCAUGCAGCUCCUUGCAUAAAAAUCCACCCCGCGAAGAAAAAGAAGUAGACCACAACAUGGACGAACAAGCGCAGCUCGAUGUUCUGGACACAGCGCCAGCAUCUCCACCACAGAAACGGAGAAAAAUAUUGCGUACUACUGAUCAUUCCGCAGCUGAACAAGAAUGCACAGCUGCUUUUCGCGCCGCAAGCGGCCUCUUACAGGAAAAAUUAACCAUCGCUGCACGCGAAGAUCCACCACAGCAGCCAACCAGCAGUAGCUCUGCCACAGAUCAUCGUCCUCCGCAUCAAGUGCAACCUGAUUUACUCCCAACUGACACUUGGGAGAAUGUCGCGUCUUUCCUUUCCGCUGCCCGGAAAAUUCCUGUGAAACAACAAGUAGGGCAGUCCUCCGAGGAGGAGGAAACACAACAACCAGCGCUGGGAGAUGUUGAAAUCGAGCAAACGAAGCUGAAUCUGGAGAAUUUCUUUAAAACCUUGCAGCGCAAGGCCGCCGCCAUGUGGGAGAAGCAGUUGCUUAUGCAUUGCAAAAGUGUCGUACUGGUCCUUCUCCUAGUUGUAAUUGCAUUUUACAAAUGUCUCCAGCUUGAAAAAUGAAACUAUUUGCAAAAAUGCUCCUUUAGGUUGAAAGAGAAGCUUCUCAUGCAUAAGCAAGUGCAAGAAGUCCUGCGAGUAUCAGAUACUUUUGCACAUCAUAUUCCGGUCUCCGAAGUUUUGGAACGGUGCUACCGACAACUCGGGAGCUGGAUUUUUACGAGCUUGUGCUUCCGACACCGAGAAAGCUGUGGCUGCAGAACGGACCCAGUCGGUUGUGUACAACAGAAAUAUUUCUUUUUCGCACCGAGAACCGCUGUCGCUCCCCAGCAGAUUUCUGACCAGACUCGCUGGGGCAAUCGUGAAGCAGACAAUUCUCGCGCACGUGUUGCGACGUGGCUUCCGCUUGGGGCCGGAGUAUCCGGGUUCCGGGUUCGCAAGUGCGAGUAGGUCGGCGGGAGAAUUGAUGAAACAGGGGAAAAAAACGUACUUUGGCAACGAUUGGCAUCGAAGGCUUUUUUACUUCCGUGACGCGGCGACGUCGACACAAGCUGCUUCCGAUGGAGGUUCAUUAUCCCCUCGAAACCUUGUCCCCGGAACAUUUUCCUGUCGAGCAAUCGACAACAAGAAUACUUGGAACAACAACUGGCAAAGCGGUGACUACAAUAUGGAUUGCAAAUAUGUCUGGGUCUGGAAGAGUGCGAUAUUUGUCAUGCUAGUCUAGCAUGACACUGAGCCCUGUAUUGCGUGGCCAGCAAGAGGCCCUCUGGUCUGUCAUGCAAAAACGCUGUUUCUCAUGCGGAAUACGCAACACAAAGCCACGGAAAAAUUUGUCAUGCUUGGCGGCGCAUUACAAUGUACCUCCUAUUAACUAACAUGCAUCACAACUUUCCAGACCCAGACACUUUUGCAUUUGAUAUACAAUCCGCUGUUGCAACACGGCUGGCUGUCUCCGCAGAUCUUGUCAGAAAUAGGGGUGCGGAAGACGAGAAAAUUAGAGGAGCAGGCGCGCAACCGUGGUUCUCUGUCCUCUAAAGAUGAGAUGAAUAGUACGAAGGGAGCUGCGGCCGCGGGUGUAGUACUACAGUCGAGUAGUUCAUCUACGGCAGCUACUAGCGGUACAACAAGCUCCGGAACGACCACGGCUGCCAGUACGACGUCAUCCGCUUCGUCGAGCUCAAUCUCCUCUUCCGGAGCAGAUGGCAAUACGGCCAGCCUCAAUGGUGCGAGUCCGUCAGGGACUACUACGCAGUAUAGUGGUGUUGAUCACGGUUCUUUAACUACACCAGCGGCAGAGCAGGAACUACGAGGCGUGUCCGACGACGAGGAGGCGGGGGCCACAAGUACGAGGGUCGCUCCACCAGAAGUCGACGAGGAGGCGGUCGCCUGGUCGAAUGUAAAUAUUCAGCCGGAGCACGUGCAGCAGGGCCGCGAUGCCAAGGCUUUUUUCGAGGAGCACGUGGUCAAAAAUAACGACCCAGGCAAGUACUACCCAAAAGUUUUUCUCGAUUCAGGAACAAAGCGGACCGAUUACCACUUCCCCCCCGCCUUCCACCGCCUCUUCGGCCGGCUGCCGCGGCCGGAGGGCUUCAAUCCGAAUGCGCAGGAAGACGAAGAGACGAUCACUCUACAAACCGACGACUACAGGGCCUACAUCCGGAAGCCGGAUGGGUCGAACCGCUGGAGAGUAUGCAUUGCAAAUAUUUCGGGGUCUGUAGAAAUGCCAACCUGUGAUGCGACGUGUGAAGAGGUCCAGACUCUCUGGACCAUGCUGCAAAAUUUGCAUGACAAACUUCUGCAUUUUCCCAGACCCAGAUAUUUGCAAUGGAUAGACCGGCAGCAGCAACCAAACGACGAGCCACUACACGACCAGAUUCGACUAUGCAUUGCAAAAGCAUCGUACCAGUAUAAAUCGCAAUACAAAUUUUCUCAGAAGGAGAAACGGAGUUUGUAAUGCUGAUUUGGCUAAAAAACAAGAUUUGUCAUGCGUGAUUGCAAUUAGUACGAGUAUGAUACUUUUGCAGAGCAUAUCGACCUGGACCAAGCAAUUCACGACGCCACGUGGGGGUAUCCUGAGUAAAAACGUCCCCACACCAGAGUCAAGAUGGUAGAUCUGCUACACAAAUCAACCAGCUAAGACUAUUUUGCAUGACAAGUUUGUGCUCGUAGUGUAAUCCUGUUAAGCUAGUUCAGCAGCAUCACAGAUCUACGCUAUCGUGCUGAUUGACGCAUCACAAAUUCCAAAACGCGACUAGAAAAUGCUUCUCAUUGCGCUCCGCGUGAGAAACUUUUUGUUUUUUGGCAUGCAGAUUUGCAUGACAACUCUGGGGUGGGGACGUUUUUACACAGCAUAGGGGAAGACCAGUAUUCAAUGCAGGACGACCACAUCAGCCUGGCGCGGACGGCGUCUUUGCAGAGGAAUUUGAACCCCACUUGCGGUUUCUGAUUAUGAAUGUGCACAAUGUCCCCUCCCCCUCACUUGUAUAUGCAAAAUCCCAAAUCCAGGUGCUGCCUUGUAGCACUGUUUGCAUGACAAAUGAUCCUGGAAGCCCAAACAGCACUACACUCCAGUGCAAAUUUUUCAUGCAAAACCGGCAUUCUUUCUGAUGCUUGUAUUGCCGUUCAUGCUAUACAAAAUGUGGGGGAGGGGGAGUUGUGGCGCAAUUCUAUACUGAUUCUCGAGUCGCCAGAAGUGUUUACACUUGUGAAAUGCGACGUGCAGAACAACUGGGUGUGCGGGGUGCAAAUCUGCGAGGCCGACGACCGGGAGGAUCGAAGGCGAAGAAUUGCGGCAGAAGACCCCCGUAAUCGAGGAGACCGUGAUGGUGCAACGGGCAGGACGGCGGGGGCGACGAAUGGAGGACGGCGCAUGGAUCAUACGGCCAGGGAUGACGAGUAUCGCCGCGUACAGGGGGGAUAGAUUUUUUAAUUUUGAUCGCACGAGCAUCAAGAGUCCUACGCACAGCUUUAGCACCAGGAUCGGUCCAACUGAAGAAAUGCGCUGGGGCUGGACCAGCAGUGGUACUUGAAACCAGAGAGGACAAUAAAAAUGUGCCACUUCUUUUCAUCGCGCUUGAGCUCUUUACGAAAACGUGGUGUUGCAAAUAAACUUAGUGACGUUGCAAAUAACUUAUUCGCUAGUGUUGUAGAUUGUGGAGCUCAGAUGUCGAUCACGCGAGCAAGCGUCGUACUUGAGACGGAGUUUCCCCACCUCUGUCAUUCCGACAGAAAGCGGUUUGUUGU